GGGAAAAACAGUGGCAUCUAUAAAAGCGUUCGGAACCGUUUGCAAAGAAUUGUUCAUCAUCCUUUGCAUUUUUGGUCAUGUGACCGGUCACCCUGUUACCAGCACUUCAAAUGAUAAGUUGCUGUUUUCUCAACAACCUUAUGCCCGAAAUCUUCAAGAACCAUGUACAGGUUACAGCUUCUCAUCCGACCCGUCACUCGCCCAGAUAGACCACGUGGACGUGCUAAAAUUGGCGCAGGGACGUGUCAGCAGUUUGGGAGAUGUCGCGAAAGAGAUGCGUACAUCUAACAUGGUAGAAGACUGUGCCAACUUGAACCUACCAGUUAUCUAUGACAUUCCUUUUAGCGUGGACCAACUGAAGAAUCUAUCCGAAUCACAGGUCAUGCUGUUGCUGGAUGAGUUGAUAGUUAAUCACACUGCACAUGUCUACAAUUUGAAAUUUCAACAAGCAAAUUCUACAGUCUCAUGUUCCAACAUUAGGCCUAACGAAAACUCUUUCUUAGGUCGAGCUGAAGCAGUUGUCGUUCAUUUAAAAGAAGUGAGAUGUUUUCUUCAACUAGCUAAUCAAGUGCGAAGGCAAAGAAUAGCAACCAAUAAUUCCUCGAGCAAGAUUUUAAACGAACGCAUAGAUGAUUUAAAAUUGUGCUCUCGCAGAGUGUUACGUGAUUGUCAGGUAAUUAAUAGUGUAAUAAGUUUAUCAGAUACACUUCACGGAUACCUGAAUAGUAAAAUUUUGUCAGGUGAAAAUUGA